AUGGGCAUGACAUUUUCGAAAUUGUUCGACAGCAUAUGGCGAAAGAAGGAAAUGAGAAUCCUGAUGGUUGGCCUUGAUGCUGCUGGAAAGACCACCAUUCUAUACAAGCUGAAACUUGGUGAAAUCGUCACGACUAUCCCCACAAUUGGCUUCAACGUCGAGACGGUCGAAUAUAAGAACAUCCAAUUCACCGUGUGGGACGUUGGUGGCCAGGACAAGAUCAGACCCCUUUGGCGACACUAUUUCCAGAACACGCAAGGCAUCAUUUUCGUUGUCGACAGCAAUGAUCGUGACCGUGUCGUCGAGGCCCGAGAGGAACUUCAGCGCAUGCUCAAUGAAGACGAACUCCGCGAUGCCCUCCUCCUUGUCUUCGCCAACAAACAAGAUCUUCCCAAUGCCAUGAGCCCAGCUGAGAUUACUCAGCAACUUGGUCUUCAAAGCUUGACAAAACGUGCCUGGUACAUUCAAUCUACCUGCGCCACCACCGGUGAUGGUCUUUACGAGGGCCUCGAAUGGUUGGCAAACGCCCUCAAGAAGUCCGGGCAUGACUGA